CGGUUUGCUUGUUUUCCUCUGCUUUUGGCUGAAUUCCUUCACGGGCAGUGGCAAGUUUUUUUAAGCAGGAAUGCUUGCCCCUUUGUCCUAAGGGCUAUUUUUCUUACAGCCUUCAAUGCCUACAAUAGUUUCCUUCAGCUCAUACCACACAGUAACAACUAAGCUGAAAAGGCGAACGACAUGAAGCUCUACGGCGUUUGUAUAAAUGCUUUGCUGUUUUUCAUCUUUCUCAUCCUCUGCAGCACCUCAGGUGGAGCAGAUGAAAGUACACUGAGCAAGAUCCUGAAGAAAAGGGAUGUCCAGAGGAGAUCUGUAGACGAACUUGUUGUCUCUCAGGUCAAAGCUAAGGAAUUCCUGUCAGCUCCCCGGAGACCUCGAAGAAACGUGUGGGACCGCAGCCGUCCAGACGUGCAGCAGUGGAUCCAGCAGUUCAUGCAGAUGGGUUAUGAUGAGGCUAGGCUUGAAACGGAUCUCGCUUACUGGAUGAACUAUGCCAAAGCUAACGAUCAGGGUCGGCAGCAUCAUUACGAUGAGAUCUCCGCCUUGGGAGCUCAGGAUGCAAGCGCCUUCAGACAUGGAGCCAAUGUCAACUAUGAUUAUUAUUAAUACCCUCCUGGUUAGAAAAUGAGCUGCUCUCUUUGUAGGUCUUUUUAUUAGGCACAGCUAAUAAAUCUAUGCCUUCUUAUACUAUAUAGUAGGUGAAUGUAUAAUGAUGUGCAUUACAGUUCAUUUUAGUAAUGGGAUUUUUUUUUUUUUUUUUUUAAAGAAAAAUUUAAAUUGAAUAAAGACAAAUUGAAAGACUUUUACCACAAUGGGGUUUUGUGUUAAAAAAAAAUAAAUAAAUAAACACCUGAAAAGAUUUUUACAUUUCAACAAACUCAUUGUUAAGUUGCCCCAGAAAGGCAAAAUAAAAAUGUAAAAUUAAUAAAUACAAUCAAUUAUUAAUAAUAACAACAAAAAAAUACAUAACAAAAAAAGCAUUACAUUUAGUGCAGUGGGCUGAUCUUUGACUAUAUAACAACAAGCAACAGCUACCUUGAAAUAAGUAUACACUUUUGCAAUUGCCAAAAACUCAGCAGGCAUUCGCAACAUAAAUAGCAGGAAUAGUCACGAAACAUUGU